AUGACAGUCGAUAAAGACGUUGGUGUUAAAGAUAGGAAGGAGGUCCAGCUCAUAAGGAAUGAUGUGACUGGAAGGUGGGAAGACUUUCGUGAUUUAGUUGAAAGCCGGCGAAGAGAACUAGAGGAACUUAGACUGGUUAAGUUUAUCCUUGACGAGAAACUGACGGAAGUAGAAUGUCAGCUCCACGACUUUAAGACGAUAUUGACGGGGGAAGAUGACACUGACACCAGCAACAUCAUGAGCCGACUAGAGCGUCACAACAGAGUGAAGGGAGAUAUUGAGAAGGUUGCAGAUAAUGUAUUUACAAAGGUAGAAGAGGUUGAGGACAUACUGAUUAUAGUGAUUGGACUGGAGCAGAGUAAAGGUGUUAAGCUUAAAGCUCUGAAGGAAAGCGUCACUUUCCUCCGUGAUAUAAAGUACAUCGACAGGUGGCUACGGGAACAUGAAGAAGAACUGUUAGCAACAGAAACAGGAGAGGAUCUAGACCAGAAUGAGGAGUUGAUACAUGAGUUUGAGAAGCUGAUGGAGGAGUUCCGGGUCAUCAGGGACAAGCUAGACUUCGUGAUCGUGUAUUCAGGACAACAAUUCAACCCCGAAGAUUAA